AUGGGUCGAUCUCGUCCAAUAACGUUCAUCGAUUAUAGUCAACAGUUUGCCAUGAAUCUCGAUGAUCUGGAUAAACGAGAACGAAUAAACAUAAACGAAAUAAUUACUCACGAAUAUUUAAAACAAAUUCUUCGACAGUAUGAAUCAUUUGGUCUUCAAGCUGAUACUGUUAUUUUUUGUAUUUUGACAUCGAUGGGAGCAAUAUCUCAUCGUUCCUUCAUUAGAAGACUCGACAAUAUACCAGUGGUAUUAAAUCAUGGAUCUGUACACUGAAAAAAAAAGGUACCAUACCGAACCCGAAAGGUUUCCGAUUUUUGCAACCAAAUCAAAAUCCUUUGAGGUUUCGUAGAAAUUGGAUUUCGUAAAAAGCCUUAAUUUUAAUAGCUGAUAAUAGGGGUUUCGUACUUGGGGUUCAGUAUAAUUCACCACGCAAUGUUGAAUGAAAGAUUCGCCGGGUGCUAUGCUCCAUUGUGGAAGUAGUUUUCCACCACUAUCCACUGCAAAACACACCCACUCUUUAAAAAAGAACCGGGUUUCGUAGAAACUACCAGGAGAGAUGUCUGAAAGUCGCCAUAUUCUAUAGGAGAACACAGAAUAUCGCUGGAACAUAGAUGCAGUAUUCCGACCGCAAACUUUCCG